CCUCGACCAGAUUGCGAAAAUGAAGUGGUAUGGGGACGUGCAUGUUGAUCCGCUUGGGAUGCAUCUCAAGCUGAAGGACAUGACGUGGGCAAAUUUGAUGAGGAUUCAGCUAGGAGACCUGAUGAGUGCAUUUGCAGUCACCGAUGCCAGGGACAGGCCACAACUCAAGAAGUUACUUGACCAGACGAAAAAGUGCGUUAGUAUGGCGCCUAUUAACCGACAGGCAUGUUGGAACCAUUAUACGAGAAUCCAGCGAACUGAGGACGGUG